AUGUCCGGUCGCAAGGACUUUCUGAGCCAGCCGGCGCCCGAGAAUUAUGUGGCCGGCUUGGGUAGAGGUGCGACAGGAUUCACAACCCGCUCAGAUCUUGGUAUGUACUCACAGUUUAGACACGAUCCGUUCACGACUCUGACUUGUUCCCAAGGACCCGCGCGUGAAGGACCUAGUGAAGAGCAGAUCAAGGAAGCUCUUGCCAAACGUGCCGCCCAGCUUGGAAAUGCACCGCCGACAGCAUACGGAGUUCCUGGAAAGAAGGAGGACGACGAUGACGACGAUGAACGCUUCCAGGACCCCGAGAACGAGACUGGACUGUUUGCCAGUGGAAACUACGAUCGCGAGGAUGACGAGGCCGACAAGAUCUACGCCGAAGUAGAUGCAAAGAUGGACAAGAGACGCAGAGCCAGACGCGAAGAACGCGAACGGAAAGAAAGAGAAGAAUACGAGCGCAACAACCCCAAGAUCCAACAGCAGUUUGCCGACCUGAAGAGAGAGCUCGGAGGUCUCACUGAUGAAGACUGGCAAAAUAUCCCCGAAGUUGGAGACUUGACAGGCAAGAACCGCAGAGCAAAGGCCAACUUGCGCGAGAGGUUCUACGCUGUCCCAGACAGUGUCUUGGCCGGUGCAAGAGAUUCAACGCAGUUCGACACGACUGUCAACGAUGAGGGAGCUCAAACGAGUGCGGCCGCAGACAACCUGGAAGGUGCCAUGACCAAUUUCGCUCACAUUGGAGCUGCAAGAGACAAGGUGCUGCAAGUUCGUUUGGAUCAGGCUGCCCAAGGCGACGCCGCUUCUGGAACUGCUACAAGCAUCGAUCCGAGAGGUUACCUGACCUCUUUGACCAAGUCUGAAGUCAAGGCUAGCGAAAUUCCUGUCGCCGACGUCGCAAGAGCGCGUGAGCUGCUCAGAUCUGUCAUCAACACCAACAAAAAGCACGGCCCGGGAUGGAUUGCUGCAGCUCGUCUGGAAGAAUUUGCGGGAAAGAUUGUUGCUGCACGAAAUCUGCUGGCACAGGCGGUGGAAUUCUGUCCAAAGUCCGAGGAUGUCUGGCUAGAAUCCAUGCGCCUGAAUGAGAACCACAACGCCAAAAUCAUCGCCAAGGAAGCCCUCAAAUACAACGACCGUUCGGUGCGCCUCUGGGUGGAAGCAAUGAAGCUGGAAACCAUCAUGUCAAACAAAAAGCGAGUUCUAAGGCAAGCUCUGGAUCAUGUCCCUCAGUCUGUCGCAAUCUGGAAGGAGGCCGUCAACCUUGAGGAAGACCCAGCCGAUGCUCGACUUUUGCUCGCGAAAGCUACUGAGCUGAUUCCGUUGUCUGUGGAUUUGUGGUUAGCUCUCGCUCGACUGGAGACUCCCGAAAAUGCACAAGUCGUUCUGAACAAAGCAAGAAAGGCGAUCCCAACCUCUUGGGAGAUCUGGGUGGCAGCCGCACGACUACAAGAGCAGAUUGGCGCCGAACAGAUGGUCGGGAAGAUCAUGGAUCGCGCUGUGAAGUCUUUGGCACGCGAGUCAGCCAUGCUAGAGCGCGAGCGAUGGAUCGAAGUGGCCGAGAACUGUGAAGAAGAAGGCGCAAACCUCACUUGCAAGGCUAUCGUCGAACACACUCUGGGAUGGGGACUGGACGAGGAUGAUGACCGUAAGAAAAUCUGGAGGGACGAUGCAAAAUCAUCUAUGGUCAGAGGUCGCUACCAAACAGCCCGCUCCAUCUACGCCUAUGCGAUUCGUGUAUUCCCUAACAGCAGCAUUAUCUGGUUGGCCGCAGGAGAUAUGGAACGUAACCACGGCACAAAAGAGUCGCUUGUUUCCUUGUUGGAGAAGGCUGUAGAAGCUGUACCUACCAAUGAGGUGCUGUGGAUGCAGCUCGCCAGGGAGAGGUGGAACGCAGGAGACAUCGACGAGGCUCGUAGAGUCUUGGGUAAAGCCUUCCAACAACAACCUGGAAACGAAGAUAUCUGGCUGGCAGCCGUCAAGCUCGAAGCAGACAAUGGAGAAGUCGGUCAAGCGCGCGAACUCCUUAGGACAGCACGUCAAGAGGCAGGUACUGACAGAGUCUGGAUCAAGAGUGUUGCUUUCGAGAGGCAGCAAGGUGACAGAGAGGCAGCUCUCGACCUCGUCAACCAAGGUCUACAGCUCUAUCCCAAAGCUGCCAAGCUCUGGAUGCAAAAAGGGCAAAUCUAUGACAAUAAAGGUAUGCUUGCGCAAGCACGUGAGGCCUUCAACACAGGAACCCGAGCGUGCCCACAGAGUGUACCAUUAUGGCUACUUGCGGCCCGUACAGACGAAAAGGCAGGUAUCAUUGUCAAAGCACGCAGUAUUCUUGACCGAGCACGUCUUGCAGUGCCAAAGAACCCUGAACUUUGGACCGAGUCAGUACGACUCGAGAGACGUGCUGGGAACAAUGCUGCAGCCAACCAGAAGAUGGCGCAAGCACUGCAAGAAUGUCCUACCAGUGGGUUGCUGUGGAGUGAGAGGAUCUGGCAUCUCGAGGCCCGCACUCAACGCAAGCCCCGAACGCUGGAGGCUAUCAAGAAGAACGAUAGCGAUCCUAUCUUGUAUGUCACAGCUGCACGUGUCUUCUGGGGCGAGCGCAGACUAGACAAGGCAGUGACCUGGUUCGAGAAGGCAAUUGUCCUAGAUCCAGAUAUCGGUGACUCGUGGGCAUGGUACUUGAAGUUUUUACGACAACACGGUACGGAAGAGAAGCAGGAGGAGACCAUCAACAAGUGCGUGCUCACCGAGCCCAAGCACGGAGAGGUUUGGCAGAGCGUAGCAAAGGCUCCCGAGUAUGCCAAGCUGGGUAUCGAUGAGAUUCUCAAACUCGUUGCCACUAAGUUAGACUAG